GGAGGAACAACUGGACCUGUAACUACAAAGAGACAGUAUCCACUGAGUGACUAUGCCUGAAUUCAAGCUAGAGGUGACAACAGGUGACAAGCAACAUGCAGGAACAUGGGAUCACAUAUUUGUCACCUUAUAUGGAGAUGAAGGACAGAGUGAGCGAACUGAGUUGGGCAAAUGGGACACCGACUUUGUAACUGGGACAACGGGGACCUACACCCUGAGAACCAGUGAGUCUUUGGGGAAACUUCUACUGGUCAAGGUGGAGAAAGAUCCCUAUGUUGUUCUCCUAGAAGAUGAGUGGUACUGCUCCAAAAUAGUGGUGACGACUCCAGAUGAAGAUGUCAUCCUCUUCCCCUGUUACAGAUGGAUCUCCAGGGGAGAAGUGACAGAGCUCAGGGGAGGGAAAGCCACAAAGGCUUGUGAAGAGGAGUACCCUCUGUUGAUUGCGCACCGGAAACAAGAGCUGAUACUUAAGAAGAGCUUGUAUCAAUGGAGGAUUAUGGAUGAAGGGCUACCCCACAUUAACAAUUUCAAUGAUUUGUCUGAGCUCCCAGCUGAAAUCCGCUUCUCCAAGUCCAAAUCAAGUGAAACGCAAAAUACAGAACUAUUAAUUGAUGUUGAACUCAGGCUUAAGGGGAUGCAUGGAUCUGUGGGAAAGUGGAAAAGCAUUGAAGACAUGAAAUCAAUCUUCUGGUCCAAAAAGACAACAAUGUCAGAGUAUGUUACAGAGCACUGGAGGGAAGACGACUUUUACGGAUACCAGUUUCUGAAUGGAAUCAACCCCAAUGUGAUCAAGCGCUGCUCACAGCUUCCCCCAAACUUUCCAGUCACAGAGGAGAUGGUGAAGCCGUUCCUGGAUGAAGAUACCACUCUGCAGGAUGAAAUGGAGGAAGGCAACAUAUUCCUCUAUGACCAGUGGAAGAUGGAUGGAAUACCUGCGAGAGAUUAUAAUGGUGAACCUCUGCAAGUGGCCGCUGGUCUCUGUUUGUUCUACUUGAACCCACAAAAAAAACUGAUGCCAAUUGCAAUACAGCUGCAUCAACAUCCCUCACAGGAGAAUCCCAUCUUUCUGCCCAGUGACUCAGAGACAGACUGGCUGCUGGCCAAGAUGUUUAUCAAAAAUGCAGAUUUCAUGGAUCACGAAGCAGUCCAUCACCUCAUGAAGACUCACUUUCUGGCAGAGGUCUACGCUAUUGCCACUCUUCGCAGCUUCCCUGCGAUUCAUCCCCUCUACAAGCUGUUGAUUCCACACUUCCGGUACACUCUCUACAUAAACACUGGAGGCCGCGAAACUCUUUUUGGACCUGGAGGGGUUUUAAGGAUUAGUUCACUUGGAUAUGAGGGGCUGACAGAGCUCAUGAGGAGGGCUGUCUCGGAAAUGACCUACAGCUCCCUCUGUCUGCCAGAGAACAUCACUGAACGAGGACUGGAGUCAAUCCCCAACUUCUACUACAGAGAUGAUGGACUGAAGCUGUGGAACAUCAUCAACAACUUUGUAGAGGAAAUGGUGGAUCACUAUUAUCCCUCAGACAGUGACGUGCGUGAAGACAAUGAGCUGCAGGAAUGGAUCAGUCAGAUUUUCAUCCAUGGCUUCUUGGGAAACAUGGCCUCAGGGUUUCCUGCAUACUUUGACACUACAGAGGAGGUGGUCAAAUUCAUCACCAUGGUGAUCUUCACAGUGACGGCUCAACAUGCUGCAGUCAAUAAUGGACAGUUUGACUACAACUCCUGGGUGCCUAAUGGAUCACUGCUGCUGCACAAACCUCCUCCAACCACUAAGGGGGAGACAAGCAUGGAGACAAUUUUGGAGACCCUCCCGAAUGUUGGAGAGACUGUCAACUUUGCAGCAAUGACUUUAAUGCUUUCAGAGAAAUACUCCGAUGUUGUUCUCUUGGGUGCAUACCCUGAAGAGCGAUUCGAUGAGCAUGAACCCAAGCAGAUGAUUAAGGACUUUCAAGCAGAGUUGUCCAACCUCAGUGAAGAAAUCACAACAAGAAACCUGAUGCUUGAAGUACCCUACACAUAUCUGGACCCUACUCAGAUAGAGAACAGUAUAACUAUUUAGGACAGUCAGAGGGAGCCAUUCUGUAACAGCCGAUUGCAUCCACGCAUUUGUCAACACCUGCCUUGCAUGCUGGGAGGUGUGUUAUACUUUGAAAUUAGAACAUACAGUAGGUGAGGUGUUAGAUAGUGUUGGUGAGGUGUUGCAUGCUGGGACAAGAAGACUAUACUCUAGUUGUAUCAUGAUGAGUGGGCCUAAUUUAUGCUAACAUAUGGACCUACUGUUUGAGCAGCAACAUAACUGCUUAACACAGGAGGUAAUAGCUUAAACAUUACUCUGCAAACAUCUGCUGAAAGAUUUUAAUUUGAAAGUUUUCUGCAUUAAUGUCUGCAAUCAAUGUUCUGCCUCAGAGCCAGUUCUUCUUUAUCAGCAAUCAAAAGUAGUAAUUUAGCUUCAGGUUUACUUUAAUGUUCUUACUUAUCCUUUAUUAUAAGAACACAAUAAGGGCAGGGAUUUAGUUAAAGCAUAACAUAGUGUGGAGUAUAUUAUUAUGUUUACUGGAAAUGGUUGAAUUCUUCACCUAAAAUAUCAAAAUAA